AUGCAAGACUUACCCUCGCAAGACAAUGCCUUGCUUCAUGCCACGGGACUUACAGCACCACCACCGCCGCCCGCAGACUUUGAAAUGAGGUACUCGUGGAAUGAGAAGGUGAGAUUAAAAUUGGAGCAGGUAUACAGCAACACGAUCGACCUCAUGGCGGAUUUGGCUGUGCUGGGUUGGAACAGUGAGCUCCGAACUUUCCCUGUGACGGUUUUUGCUGGGCGGCGCUUUACCACACAGAUUGUAGUAGACAAUCUACUGCCCCCGCUUUAG